GUGGAAACUUUUUCCACCGCCGUUGACGCUCUUUACGGCUCCGGUGCUGCUGGGUUGGAGGCAUCUGCCACAAGCUGACUCCUUCUUUUGGAGGAAGGACGUCGAGGACCAUGCCCUGGCCAGGUACACCACUGACGCUACGACUGCUGUCGACCCUGGAGAGGCCAUGGACGCUGCUACGAUGAGCUCCGAAAGUUUUGAGGAAGUCCUCAUUGAGGAACCUGACAUCGAGCAACCUGUGGCACCAGCCGAAGGCUAUGAGGCGGAGGAGGAGAUGUCUGGGAUGUCUGGGCCCGCUGCCAAUGCACCUCUGGCGGAGGAGGAGAUGCCCAUUUAUAUCCAGGCUGGAGAUGUCAGGCUGAGCAGUCAUGACUAUCAUGAUGAUGAUUAUCCCACACGGCCGGCUACCGCCAAGCGGCACCGCAGUCGCAGCCGACAUCGCUCCUCGAUGAAACAUCAUGCGGCCACGGAUGUUGCUACACCUGCGGAACCGGCUUCGUCCUCGCAUGGCGCCUUUCCACCCGAGCCGCCUGUGCCUGAGCCUUCGGUGGCAUCGGUGGCAUCUGAUGCAGCUGUGAAGACAGCUACGGCGACAACCUCGGCCUGGACCAUACCUCAAUGGGCUCGGAAGGCCAUCAACAAGCGGCUUAAGGAACGACGUGCUCGGGUGCCUUCGGAAGAGCCUCCUCCCCGCCCGCGUGGCAAGUCUAUCUGGUUCAUGUCGGAAGAUGAAGCUGAGGACGCGGGAUUGGUCCAGCAAGGGCGUAGUUCGGUGAAAAGCGGCUUGGACUUCACUGGUCCGCUGCCGACGUCAGGAGUCCCGGACACUGUGGACAGCCAGCAGCAUCGCGCGGCUGAGGAAGUGGCGCCACCGGAUCCCAACCAUCAGACAGCUGUGGCAGGACCUGGAGGCCCCGGAUCAGGCUCCAGUGGUGGCCUUGAAGGUCUGGAGAACAUUUACCAUAGCGGUGCAGAGGAAGGAUCGGAUGAUGAUGAUGACUCCUUCCACCGUGAAGUUGCUGGACUGCCGCCACUGGAGGAUCCCCCAGCUGCGGCACGCGCCGUGGCUGAUCGUGAUGGAGCUCCCAGGGGAGGCAACACGCGGCGAGGCUUGCCUGCCCCGCCGCCAUCAGCUCACCGUAAUGCCGCUGUUCCGACAGAAACCGCUGACACCAUUCCCUCGCCUACGUCACUGUAUCCGCCUACUCUCAGCUGGGCUGACCUGGGCUCCGAGAACUUCCACGCAUUCUGUGACCUUCCGAUGGGUUUGGUUCUUCGCGCCGCGGCGACUCAUCUCUUCAGUACUGGACGCAGGCAGAAAAUGCUCCACUAUGGCAUCUUGCCGACCUGCCUGCCACGUUGGGCAUGGUGCCGCUUGCCUGUUUCCGGCUUCUGUGUAGCCUAUCCUGUGGGAGUCAUCUCCACCCGUCUUAUCAGGCCUUCCGUCACUGAAACUUCAUACUACUGCUGCGUCAGUCCCGAGACGCCAUCGCCGACGCUAUCGUCGUCGAUCUACGUGGAG